GGGGUAUAUGAUUAUGCCAUUCCGAUAGAAAAAAGACAGAAUUAAUUGGAGUUUUAAAGACUAUGAUUCUCGUCUCUACAACAACCCAUCUGGCAUUAAUGUCUCUCUACUGAAUCUCUCACAUCAUCAAGUUGGGUCUACGAGAGUGACGACUCUUUGAUUGCUUCGCCACAUCUUUUCCUCACUUCGAUUUAUAUCCUUUUAAUCCCCUCGAAGUCAUCUCUUUUUCUCUAUCCCAUUCUUUUCAGUGGAUAAAACCUUAAUACUGAUUCUUACAAGUUGAAAUAGAUCUCUGUUUUUUAAUUUUUAUUUGUGACGAAAAGCAAAAAAAGAAAGAAAAAGAAUGAGAUCUCAAGGAGUGGAAGAUAAUAACAAAGCUUGGCUUGGACCAGCGACGCCGGAGAUUUCGAACGGAAACGGUUUCGAGAUUCAGAAAGGUGCAAACCGGACACCAAACCAUCACCGGUCCACAAUGGGGAAGCCAGCGCCGUCAAAAUGGGACGACGCUCAGAAAUGGCUCUCCGGCGUUGGGUUUGCUCGUGGCGGAGGCGGAGAGAAGAGCCACCAUUCGAGGAGCUGUAAACCGAGAAACUCUAACGCCGAUGAUCUUAGACUCAUAGCUUCUGCUUCGCAAAGGGAACGUGAAGGAGAAGAUCAGUACGUUGAGUACGACGAAGACGGAGAAGCGGCGGCGGGGAGGCCGGAGGUGGAGACUAAGAACGUAGAUUUGGGAGAAUCAGGUGGUUCGGUUUGGAGGAAGGAGAAAGUUAUUAAUCCUACGGCUGUGAUUCGAUCGGUCUGUGUGAGGGAUAUGGGGACUGAGAUGACUCCGAUCGGUAGCCAAGAGCCUUCUAGAGCAGCUACGCCUGUGCGAGCCACAACGCCGGUUGGAAGAAGCCCUGUGACGUCACCGGUGAGAGCUUCCCACGGCGGCGAGGCGGUGAGGACGUUGACGGAGACUGUGAUGGUUACGGAGGCUAGAGGCGUAGCGAGUAGUAAUAAUAAUGAGAAGAUUGGGUUUGGUGAUAGUAAUAAUAAGGCGAUGAAUGCUAUGGAAGCUCGAGCCAUGGCUUGGGAUGAGGCAGAGCGCGCUAAAUUCAUGGCUAGGUAUAAGAGAGAAGAAGUGAAAAUACAAGCUUGGGAGAAUCAUGAGAAGAGAAAGGCGGAGAUGGAGAUGAAGAAAAUAGAGGUGAAGGCGGAGAGGAUGAAAGCGAGGGCGGAGGAGAAGUUGGCGAACAAGCUGGCGGCGACAAAGAGGAUAGCGGAGGAGAGGAGGGCAAACGCGGAGGCAAAGCUGAACGAGAAGGCGGUGAGGACAUCAGAGAGGGCUGAUUAUAUAAGGAGAAGCGGCCACUUGCCAUCUUCUUUUGCCUUUAAGAUUCCCUCUUUCUCUCUAUGUUGGUAGGCUCAGUGUACUUUGUGUUCGCUUAUAUUUUCAUCAUUGUCUUUAGAAUGUAAUCUAGUAUGGAUUUAGUGAUGCAACUAAUAACUAACAAAAAAGAAAAUUUUUUUUAUUGCAAAAAUAUUAUAUAUUAAAUUUAAAAUUUAAAAAUAUUGGGUUCGAAAA